AUGACAGGCAUGCUUUGCGCCGUGUCUCCCACGACUCUCCACCCAAGUCUUGGCAGCCCCCGAGAGCGAGACAACGGCUAUUGCUUGUCUCCCCAGUCUCAGUCCCAAUCCUUUACAAAUAAGAGGAACUCGGCCUCCGAUUCGGACUCUCUUCGCACUACUCAUCUUCAAGUCCAGCAACAGAGUCCCUUCCAAGUGCAAUCUCCCUCUCCUUUGUCCCUGACUGAUCGUCGUCUGUCGCAACUCGACGACCUCCAAGACACUUUAAACCCUCAAUCUCUCCAGGGCGACUGUGGACCCUUGACUUUGUCAUCUGCCUCACUAGAUACAACUGCUUCCUCCACCUCUUCUUCUCCUUCUUCACUAUUGCCCUUAUCAAUCCCCGGACAAUCCUACUCAGAGUCUUCUCCUCUUCGGUCUAAUUCUGGCCCGAGGGCUUUGGCUUCGGUCAUCCGACACAACAAACCCGACGCUCUCUCGCUUUCACUUGCAUCUGCCCUCAACAUGCCUUCGGUUCGCGAGGCGGAGGCCAAAGAGUCUAACUUGCCAUCGGCCUCAAGUGUAUCAGUAUCCAAGAGCUCUGCUCCAUCGCAAAGCUUGACCGAUGCCCUCAAUGACCUCGCCUUGUCCCGUUUACCCCCAACAGCCGCUGUCAAGACGCCCACAACUGCCCGCACUUACACUUCCACCGACAGUCAUGAUACAGCUGCCUCUGAUGCCGCAGCCACCGUCCUCGCCUCAACUCUCCAGUCACCGUGUUUCUACCAUCAACGAUUUGCCGAUGCCGUCGACAUUGGCAAAGUCCUGGAGGAGAUCAAGAACGAUGUCUCCAUGUCGCACUCGCGCCUCGUUGCGACCGCAACUGGUGUUCGAGAGGUCUCCAAGCAGCUCCAGCGCCGCCCCAUCAAGCGUGCUGUUCGCAACAUCAUGAUUGUCACAAAGGCCCGCGAUAACCAGCUUGUCUACCUCACCCGUGAACUUGCCGGCUGGCUGUUGCGCACCCCACGCUAUGGCUCCGACCUUGGCGUCAACGUCUAUGUCGAUGCUAAGCUACGAGGUUCGCGACGCUUCGAUGCCUCUGGCCUGCUCGCCGAGAACCCUCGUUACCAACACAUGCUCAAGUACUGGACCCCCGAUCUGUGCUGGAGCCAACCCGAGAAGUUCGAUCUCGUCUUGACCCUCGGCGGCGACGGCACCGUCCUGUUCACCUCGUGGCUCUUUCAGCGCAUCGUGCCUCCUGUGCUCUCAUUCAGUCUCGGCAGCCUCGGCUUCAUGACCACCUUUGAAUUUGAGAAGUACAAGGAGCACCUCAACAGGAUCAUGGGCGAUGACGGCAUGAAGAUCAACCUUCGCAUGCGCUUCACAUGCACCGUCCAUCGUGCCAACCGUGGCCUCGCCGCUGUUGACGCACUCAAGCUCGAAGAGCCUGAGCAAUUCGAGGUUCUCAAUGAGCUCGUCAUCGAUCGCGGCCCGUCACCUUAUGUUUCCAACCUUGAGCUCUAUGGCGACGAUGAGCUGCUCACUGUUGUCCAAGCCGACGGAUGCAUUUUCUCCACCCCAACAGGCUCUACAGCAUACUCACUAUCAGCCGGCGGUGCUCUCGUCCACCCUGACAUCCCCGCCAUCCUUCUCACUCCCAUCUGCCCCCACACUCUCUCAUUCCGCCCCAUGGUUCUCUCUGACACUAUGGCCCUCCGAGUUGUCGUCCCCCGCAACUCACGAGCCACCGCCUACUGCGCAUUCGACGGCAAGGGCCGCCUCGAGCUCCGACAGGGCGACCACGUUACCAUCACAGCCUCUCAGUACCCCUUCCCUACUGUGACACGCACCGACACAGAGUGGUUCGACAGCGUCAGCCGCACUCUCCGCUGGAACGUGCGCGCAUCAGCACAGAAGCCCUUUGACGCCGAGGCUGGAGAGAAUGGCGAGGACGACGACAUCGGUUGGGAUAUCGACACCGACAGUGCAUGCUACGCGAGUGAAGAGGGUAGCGUGAGCGCAAGUCCCAUUCGUCGGCAAAUGAGUCUCCUUGGAAUGUGA